AUGUUUACAAAAGCCCUACGUUUUAAUGUCAGGAAUUUUAAAUACUACGCGGCGUCUCCGAGACUUUUCGCCAGAGCGGCGCACACCGACUACAAAGUACCGGAUUUCGACGAGGACCGAAAAGAGUCGUUGCAAUGCCCCACGAUGAGAUCGAGCGACAGCGAGGAUCGGAGAAGAGGCGCUGUGGGUCUCAUAACGCUAAUAGGAGGGGCUCUGGCCAUGUACGGCACCAAAGCCGAGAUCCACAGAUACGUGCUGUUUAUGGGCGCCUCCGCCGACGUGCUGGCCCUGGCGAAGAUCGAAGUGAAUCUGUCGGAGAUUCCCGAAGGUAAAUCGGCGACGUUCAAAUGGCGGGGGAAGCCCAUAUUCGUGAGACGCAGGUCCCCCGAUCAAAUCAGAUCCUCCGAGAAGGUUCCGUUGUCAGAGCUUCGAGAUCCGGCUACGGACGACGAAAGAUGCCCUAAUAAGAAGUUCUUAGUGAUUAUCGGUAUUUGUACUCACCUGGGAUGCGUUCCCAUCGCUGAUGCGGGGGACUACGGUCCCGGGGGAUACUAUUGUCCCUGUCAUGGUUCCCAUUUCGACGCCUCGGGGCGAAUCAGAAAAGGCCCGGCCAAUACGAACAUGGAUAUACCCGAACAUACUUUCGUUGAUGAAAAUACGCUGGUUAUAGGAUGA